AUCAAAAGAGAUUGAAAAAAUAAAAAGGAAAUAAAUUAAAAAUCCUAUUCUUGUUUCCCUCUCUUCUCUCUCUUGGUUGCCUCUUUUUUCUUUUGUCCCUUAUCAUCAACAACACAAACACACUCUCUCUUCCCCCUUUUCGUUUGUUUUUCUCUCUGAUUCUCCGUUGAAGAAUCCAUCACGCAGAAGCAGAAUAAUAAGAACACAGCAAGAAUCAAGGAAGAAGAAACCAAUAGUAGUAUUAGUUUUUCUUUUAUUGAUUUUUAUUUUUGGGAAACCCUAACCCUAGUUUUUUUUUUUUUUUUUUUGGUGGUUGUGCCAAGGGGUUUGGUGCAGUUGUGGGUAAUUUUAGGAUCCAACAAAUUUUUUGUUUUUGUGGGGUUUGGUUAGAUUUUGGUCGGGGUUGUGUGAUGCUUUAUAGUGAUAAAAGAGAAGGUAGAAUAGAUGCCGCCAGAGCCAUUGCCGUGGGAUCGGAAGGAGAGGAAGCAGCAGCAGGAUCGGACAGAAGUGUUGAGUGGGCCCAGGUGGAGGGAGCCUACACCUCACCACCACUACGCAUCUUCUCGCUGGCUUCCUGAUUAUCGCUCUAGAGCCGCCCCGACCACUGGUCAUGGUAAGCAGGGUAAUUGGCACAUGUAUCCUGAAGAACCUGGACAUGGGGGUUUCAUGCCUUCUCGUUCGAAUGAAGAUGAGAGUUGUCGGCAGUCUCGUGGAGAUGGUGGAAAGUACGGCAGGAAUAAUAGCAGCGGCAAGGAAAAUAGGUCUUUUGGUCAGAGGGAUUGGAGAGGCGGCGGUCACUCUUGGGAAGCUGCUGCAUCCCCCAGUGCUUCUGCAAGACAGAAUGAUGCUACAAAUGAUGUUACUAUGGUCCCUAACACAUGUGAUCAAUCUCACUCUAGAGACCAGAACAAUAAGAGUGCUAGUUUUAAUGGAACGGCAAGCACCGGACAAAGAUUUGAGAGGGAGACCUCGCUGGGGUCGAUGGAAUGGAGGCCACUGAAAUGGGCUCGCUCUGGAAGUUUAUCGUCAAGGGGAUCGUUAAGUCAUUCUGGUAGCUCGAAAAGCAUGGGAGUGGAUUCUAAUGAGACAACAAAGCCCGAAUUGCAGCAACUUGGAAAGUCGAAAGCUGUGCAAAUAGUGGAUGCAACGGCUUGUGUAACUUCUGCUGCCCCUUCUCAAGAGACAACUUCCAGGAAGAAGCCGCGCCUGGGUUGGGGAGAAGGACUGGCCAAGUAUGAGAAGAAGAAAGUUGAACCUGGUCCUGAGGAUAGUGGUGUUGUUAAGGGGGGAGCUUCUAUCUCUGGUGAUAGUGUGGAACCUGGUCAUUCUCAGCCCUUGAUGAACCUGCUGGAUAAAAGCCCAAGACUUGCUGUUUUUCCGGAUUGCCCCUCUCCUGCCACACCUUCGUCAGUUGCUUGUAGUUCUUCACCAGGUCUUGAGGAUAAACAACUAGUCAAGGCAACAAACAUUGAUCAGGAUGUUGGUAAUUUAUGUGGCUCACCCAGUGUUGUCUCCCAGUAUUACUCUGAGGGAUCAGGUUUUAACUUAGAGAAUUGGGAUCUUGCUAAAAUCUCCCAUUUGAACUCUUCAAUCAAUGAAUUGCUACAAUCAGAGGACCCAAAUUCUGUGGACUCUGGUUUUAUGAGAUCAACUGCAGCUAACAAGUUGCUAGUGUGGAAGAGUGAUAUUACUAAGGCCCUAGAAAAAACUGAAGCUGAGAUUGAUUCACUUGAGAAUGAACUGAAGACAUUGAACUCUGGACCUGAAAAUACUCAGCUUGUUCCAUCUGCUUCGUGUUCUCCACCAAAGGAUUGCAACGCUAAUUCUCAUGAAGAUCAAGGCACUACUUCUAAUAUAGCUUCUAGACCUGCUCCUUUGCUAGUUGAUAUACCUGACGAUUUUAUUGGAGAGGAAGGGGCUAAUAUACAUGAAAAUGAGCAGACUGAGGUGAAAGUUGAGGACAUUGAUAGCCCUGGUAGUGCAACUUCAAAGUUUGUUGAAUUGCCCUCAGAGAAAGAUGUGGCACCUGUUGAUGCCAUGAUACAUGGUGGAAUGUUGAUUUCAGAUGACAGUAAGUCUAGAAGAUUGAAUGUCAAGAUAUGCAGUUUCACUGAGGAAAAAGCUAAGUCUAGAAUUUCAGAUGUAAGACUGUGCAGCUUCAACGAGGAAAAAGCAAGGGACACACUUGCUUGCGGGGAGACCUCCCAGCCAACUGCCAGUUAUUCUCACGCCGCUUCUGAUGGCAGUUUGAGUUGUGGAGAAGAUGCUUUAUAUAAUUUGAUAUUAGCUGCCAACAAAGAUUCUGCACAGAGAGCAUUUGAAGUAUUUAACAACCUACUGCCUGCCAGCAAAUGUAGUUUUGAUUUUUCAAGAGCAAUCAGGGGCUCUUCGUUGCAAGUUGAUCCUGCGGUUAAGGAAAGAUUUGCUAAGAGGAAGCAGUUUCAACACUUCAAAGAGAAGAUAAUUGCCCUAAAGUUUAGGGUACAUCAGUACCUUUGGAAGGAAGAUAUUCGCAUGCUUUCUGCACGGAAGUUACGUGCAAAAACUCAGAAAAAGUUUGACUUGAGCCUGCGGCCUGUGCAUAUAGGACAUCAAAAACACCGUUCUACAGUUCGUUCACGGAUUUCUACUGUUGGAAACUUAAGUCUGGUACCCUCAUCAGAACUAUUGAACUUUGCAAGCAGGCUGCUCUCGGAACUUGGGGCAAAGGUCUACAGGAACACAUUAAGGAUGCCUGCUUUAAUUUUAGAUCAGAAGGAGAGGACGAUGUCAAGGUUCAUUUCAAAGAAUAGUCUCGUGGAAGAUCCCUGUGCCGCCGAGAAAGAAAGGAGUCUGAUCAAUCCAUGGACAUCUAAGGAGAGAGAAAUUUUUAUUGACAAGCUUGCUACCUUUGGGAAAGACUUCAGGAAGAUAGCUUCUUUUUUUGAUCAUAAGACAAUUGCUGAUUGCAUAGAGUUCUAUUACAAGAAUCACAAAUCAGAUUGUUUUGAGAGAACAAGGAGCAAACCAGAUUAUUCUAAACAAGCAAAAGUUUGUUCUGCAAAUACUUACCUUGUUGCUUCUUCUGGGAAAAGAUGGAACCGCGAGGCUAAUUCUGUUUCUCUCGAUAUCUUAGGUGCUGCAUCAGCAAUUGCAGCUAAUGUGGAGGAUAGUAUUGAAAUUCAGCAAAAGGGUACGUCAAAGUACACUGUUCGAAUGGUCACUGAGUAUAGGACGUCCAGACUUAAUGAGUUGGAGAGGUCAAACAGUCUUGAUGUAUGUCAUAGUGAAAGAGAAACAGUGGCUGCUGAUGUUUUGGCUGGUAUCUGUGGUUCCUUAUCAUCAGAAGCUAUGAGUUCUUGCAUUACAAGUUCAGUUGAUCCCGGAGAAGGAAACCAGGAAUGGAAGCACCAGAAAGUGGGUUUGUCGACCAGAUUGCCUCUGACUCCAGAGGUUAUCCAGAGUGUUGAUGAUGAAACCUGUUCAGAUGAGAGCUGCGGGGAGAUGGAUCCUACUGAUUGGACAGAUGAAGAGAAAUCAACUUUCAUCCAGGCUGUGUCAGCUUAUGGCAAAGAUUUUGUUAUGGUCUCAAGACGUGUUGGAACGAGAUCCCGUGAUCAGUGCAAGAUCUUCUUUAGCAAGGCUAGGAAGUGUCUUGGAUUAGAUAAGAUUCUUCCUGGACCUGGCAAUUUGGUGAGGCAGGAUGUUAAUGGUGGAAGUGAUCCUGAUGCUUGCGUUAUGGAGACUAAGCUGUUGUGUAAUGAAAAAUCAAGUUUGAUGUUGGAAGAGGUAUCUGAUUUAUGUAUGAAGGGGGAGAUCUCAAAGCCCGAUUUUACCAGCUCUGAUGACAAAGAUGGAGCUGGAGAACUGGAUUCUGUUGAUACUGAACUUAUGUCAAAGAAUUCAGUUCAGGUAAACUGUCCUGUAGAUAAUCAAGAGGUGGAAGUCAUUAGGGACUGUGAGAUGCAGUUUGGUGCUUGUAUUGGAAAUGGUCAUGGGGAUGAGAAUAUGGUUCCAGUUCCUCGGGAAGGUGUUGGCCUGUCUGACAUGCCAUGUCCCAGUGAAGUUUCUGCCAAGCAUUUAAGGGAAGAAAUCAAGGGAGUAGUCUCUUCGCCUGAACAGGAUUUGAAAGAUAGAAAAACAGAAAUAGCUGAAGUAAGUAGGUCAAACUGCUCUUUGGAAGAUAGAAAGCCCGAUAUGGUGUUGUCUGGGAGUAAUUCUCGUCUUGCUGCUGCUAGGGAAGGGGGAUUGUGUCCUCUGAAUGGAUCCCAGAAUAUGACUCUUUUGGAAUCUGACUCUGAGUGUAAGCCAGGUGUCAAUUACUUGGAAAGCAAUAUCUCAGUUCAGAGGAAACAGAUGCCUCAAGCUUCUACUGCUGAUAGAUUAUCAGAACUGGAACUUGAGAAUGUUAGUGAUAAGCAGUGUGAGAAUGCUACUCAGUCAGCUGAACAGCCCUUGCCGAGCACUUCACGGUUAGCCCAGGUCUGCCAGAUUCUUGACAGUUAUUCAUUGGGGGAGUCAGCUCUCACGAAGAGUGGGGAUCCUGGCUGCAGAACAUCAGCUGCCUUGCAAGAAUUCCAGAAGGUGGUGGGUAGGAAUCUACAAUUAGAUAAGUUUUCUGCAACUGGUUGCUUUCUCCAGAAGUGCAAUGGUACAAAUCGUGGUGGUGGUUCUGUUUCUGAUCCUCUGAUUCCUAACCGAGAACAGACAGGAGGUAGUUCAUCAAAUGUGAAGAAACCUUGUAGGAAUGGUGAUGUGAAAUUGUUCGGACAGAUUCUCAGUAAACCAUGCCCUCAAGCAAAUCCCAGUUCCAAUGCACAGCAGAGUGAUGGUAGCAAUCAGCAGUUGAAAGUUGGUAGCAAUUCCUUUAGUGCAAGUCAUAGUUUAGAUGGGAAUUCAGCCACUUCCAAAUUUGAACGAAAUAACUUCCUGGGUUCAGAGAAUCAUCCAGUGAGAAGUUUUGGUUUUUGGGACGGGAAUAGAAUACAGACAGGGUUUUCUGCGUUGCCCGACUCUGCUAUCCUGUUGGCAAAAUAUCCUGCUGCAUUUGGUAAUUAUGCAAUACCUUCCACCAAAAUAGAGCAGCCUACUUUGCAUGGGGUUGUGAAGAGCGCCGAACGGAGUUUGAACGGUGUCCCUGUGUUUCCAACAAGAGAUGUAAGUAAUGGAGUAGCAGCAGCAGAUUAUCAAGUGUACAGAAAUCGAGAUGUGCAGCCUUUUACUAUAGAGAUGAAACAGAGGCAAGAGGCGUUCUCUGAGAUGCAAAGAAGAAAUGGGUUCGAUGUGGUGGCUGGUAUGCCGCAACAAGCGAGGGGGGUGGUUGUUGGAAGAGGAGGGGUUCUGCAGUGUACUGGUGUCUCAGAUCCGGUGGCUGCCAUCAAAAUGCAUUAUGCGAAAGCUGAACAAUUUAGUGGGCAGGCGGCAAGCAUCAUCAGAGAGGAUGAUUCUUGGAGAAGUAAAGGGGACGUCAGCAGGUAGUUGAUCGCAAGGGAGGCCACAGUGGAUGGCCUCCUUGGCAAUUCUCUUUUUGCCACCAUGUACAAUAGUUUUUGUAAGUUUAAUCCAGGAAACCAUAGGGCAGUAGAUGGUUACAGUUGUUACCGUCUUUUUGGUUACAGGAUUCUAGGUGUCUGUAAUAUUUAUUUGCCAGUAGCUUUGUAUUUGUUGUAUUUGAUGGAAAAUGCAGCAAUAAUUUAUCAAGAGUUUGGGAGGUGGAAGAAGUUCAUUACCA